AUGCCGGGCAGUGCCGCUGUCGCCGGUCAGCCUGCGGUAUCUGCCGUGGUGGAGGUGGGUGUGUGGGGUGUGCGCGUGCGUGGCGCUGGGCUGCGCAUGAGUCACGCGUUGCGUCGCAUCUCCUUCGCCACAUGUGACGCGCCACGAGCGCUCUUCGCCUUCGUCGCACGUGAGCCCCGGGAUCGCGCACACGCGCACUACUGCCACGCCUUCGAGACCGAGCAUCCGCACCAGGCGGAGGAGCUGAAUGCGCUAGUGGGAGAUGCGUUCCGCAUGGCGUUCGCCUCGCAGCUACAACCCUCUGCUCCACUUUGGAGCAAGGAGGUAAGCGGUGGUCCGCGAGCUCCUGACUCGCUGCCGGGCCUCGCGCACCACUACCCGCGCUGCCACAGCAGAUCUCCCGCACGAUGCGACGCGACGGGCGGCGAGAACGCAGAGGGGUCGGCGAGCGAGGGCAGCGAGGGCAGCGAAGCGAGCGAGGGCAGCCCCAGCUCCUCCGAAGACUGGGUCUCCCCCGGCGACCCGAGUCGCUAUCGUCGCCUGGCCGAGCGACCGCCCCUGAUGAAGCGACUGGCCCUCGGGCUCAGCGGGGCGCUGCUGCAGCCGUCCGACGACGACGCCACUCCUCUCGUCACCGACACGCCCACCACGCCGACUAACGUGCCUCUGUGCCUGAACGGUGGCUACAUCAACGAGGCCACCGAGGCGGCCCGCCGAGCUGCGUCCGGGAGGGGCCUGGAGUUUCGCAGAGGGGACGCUCUCUCCAACGGUCGCGGCGGAGGCAGCGCACCCGCAUCCUCGUCCUCGGGAGAGUCGUCGGGCGGAGCGUCGCGCGAGUCCCGGGAGUCGCGGGGCUCCGGGAACAACAACUUCCGGCCGAUAGAACCCGAACUGAAGAAUGCGCCCUGGUUCCAGCAGGGAAUACCGAGAGAGGUUUAG